GUUGAUUUAUAGACUUAGCUACUUCGCACUGGCACUGGUCCGUGCACAAGAUUCCACCAAGAAUCAACUUAUCAGAUAAGUCUUAUCUGGGGUCGCAAACACUUAUCCAUCCUUCCCAUAAGCCUGGUUACGUAUUCCGUACACCUAUGCAAUUUAUGUGGUCAUACAUCAUCAUCCUUCGCAGCAAUGUAUACUAUCGCGAGGCUGUAGAACAGCCCGCUCCGUAGCCUCGGGAUUAGAUAUCGCUUCAUCAAUUGGCCGCGCACAUAGUUAGAGAUGUCUCAUCCUUCCCAUCCAGACUCGGCUGCUACAACAGAGGUACCAAGGCGCGAACGAGAUGCACCUCCACCUGGGUUAACACGCGCCGCCACUCUACCUAUCGAGUUCCAUUCGCAACGGACUGAUCGAUCCCGUCUAGCUCCCGAGGACGCUUUCAAUGCAGUACGACCCUCGCGACGACAAUCGGGCUUCGAGUCCAAUGGUGUUAACGAAAGCCGCCCCGAGUCGCGGUCACGAAAGAUGAGUUCCAAGAGUUCCAAGCUCGGAAGCAGGAGCAGGAGUAGGCGACGGAGACGCACUUGGAAGAAAUUAUUAUGGGUCAAACAAUCUUACCCAGAUAACUACACGGACCAGGCCACGUUUCUAGAAAACCUGCAGCGGAACCCGCGUCUCCAGCCCUAUGAAUUCUGGCCCCUCGUCGCCGACUCGACCGUCAUCCUGCAGCAAGUAUGCUCCGUCAUCAUAUUCGUCGUCUGCUUCGUCGGAAUAUUUCAAGAGCGCGUGUCCCCCGUCGCCGUCGUAGGUUGGGGCAGCUUUGCGACGUUCGUGGGGUGGUUGUUAUGGGACUUCUGGGUAGGCCAGGAAGACGAGGACGAAGUACUGCAGCGGCGCCGCAGUAAUCGCAGCCGCUCGAUACGGGAGCCUAGUAGGAGAGGUCGUUCCCUUGCCGCAGGGGGGAUUAGCCAGUCCGCCGCGAGCUCGGUGACGAAUUUAGCGGUCAUAGAGCGAUACCCCCAGGGGAAUCCAAUCGCUAUGCGGCAAUCUCAUUCCACUUCUGCCAUUUCCCUCCAGUCCAGCAUGUCGCAAGCAAGUAAUGUAGGCCGGAGAUCCUCCGAGUCCAUCGAUAUGCCGAGCCAUCGUCCCUCAUCUCCUCUUCGAAGCGGGAGAGCCAACCUUCGCCUUAGUACCGUUAAAUCUGCUAUUCUUAUUUACUUCACCCUUUUAGGUCUAUCGCCUAUCUUGAAGUCCCUUACUCGGUCUACGUCAUCUGACAGCAUCUGGGCCAUGUCUUUCUGGCUCUUGGCGAUCAACAUAUUCUUCUAUGAUUACUCUUCAGGCCCCGUGAAAUUCCCAGCCUCCCUAUCAACUAACGCAGCACUGAUGGCGUCUACGGUGCUAGCAUCUCGCCUACCUUCUACCGGGCAGGUUUUCAGCCUCACAUUAUUCAGUAUUGAGGUGUUUGGAUUGUUUCCCGUCUUUAGACGCUACGCUAGACAUCGGAGCUGGAAGUAUCACGUUACGCUCUCCAUACUACUUGUGAUCGGAGCGGGAGGUGGAGUCGGCCUAAUAGUAGGUGAAGAAAAGGAUGUCGUAUGGCCGUGGAGAAGUGGGCUCCUUGGUGUUCUGGUAGCAGCUAUCAUCGCCGUCGUUGCCAUGGGCGGGUGCAGUUGGUGGCUCAUCGGGCUUCAGAAGUAUAAAAAUGCCAUUAAUGGUCCUUGGGAUCAAGCAAGGCCGAUCAUUAUUAGUCGGCGGCUUUGGGAUGACGAAUAGGAUAAAAAUGAAUGAUUUUAUGAUCGAAUCACUAUGUAAACGCUUACUUUCGGAUGGCUUUAAGCUAUGUGAAUACCUACGUACUAGGUGGACUGACAAACGCUGCGGAAAGAUACCUACUACCUAUGCUCCUAACCGGCUGACGUUAAGUAUACCUACCUGUCUUCUAAACUCUGCUCUCUUGGCGUGGGGGGCAUCGGGAUCGUGCCCACCUUUAUCAGAUCCCAUCUCACAUUCCACUACUAUGUAGGUAUUCUACGUAUGACGUGGGGUACUUGCUUGUGGUGCUACACACCAAUAUAUUCACGCAGUAGCUAUGUGUAAACGAAUUUCACUUGUUUAACUUGAAUAAUAUUUUAUUAUUAGUGUUAUGUUAGUUUUCGAAAGCCAUUGACGGAAGAAGAUCAGUCUUUACAGCUGACCCCGGAAUGGAUCCUGGCUCGUGAGGCAAUAUAAUUGGUGAAGGUGGGUUGGGGGAGCAAACGAAUCAUCCCGUCAUGUUGUGUAUUAUGGCUCGCUUUUGGUAGGCCGACAAAUCUGGGUGGGCUGCUGUGGGAAGGUAUAAGCCGAUGGA